UGCAUGUUUUGCUGGUGCAGGGGAUGGUCGUUGGCAGUAAUGUGCAAAGGCCAGCAUAGAAUUCAAGCCCAACCCACAUUCAGUUUUUCCAAUAAGAUACGUUCAAUCACAUUCGAGCAGUCGUGAAUAAUCCCUUUGUCUCCGUCUGUCAUUCCCAAAACACGCAUGAUCCGUAUACCUCGUUCGCUCAGGUCAGUCAGUUAUAAGUCUGUGCGCCAGCAGCUUGCUUCAUCCACCAUGACCGCCGCCGCCUCCGAUAGCAUAGCGCUUCGCGUUGCUCGUCCGGACGAGCUAGAGCAGGUGCGUGAGGUUCUCCGCAGAAUCUACUACCCGGAGGAAGGUAUUACCGUGUCGUACGUCCACGGUAAGCAACACACCCUGGACGAUGAACGAUUUUCGCUGUCGUUUGUCGAGCAGGGCACCGUGGUUUUGGCGGAGGAUGCAGCAGCGAAGAAGUUCAUUGGGGUUGCGAUAGCUGGACCCAUCCGGCCGGGAGAUCCCGAUGCGAUGGUGGAGGAAGCGGCCACUACCGAAACGAAGAAGUGGGGUGAUAUCCUUAAGUUGCUGGCGCUGCUGGAACGAACGGCCGACGUUUGUGGCCGAUACGAGCUGGAACAGGCGUAUCAUCUUCAUAUUUUGGCUGUGGAUCCGACCUACAGGGGGCACGCGUUGGGACAGCGACUGCUGCAGUUUCAUAUGGAUUUGGCGAAACAACUGGGUUUCAAAGCAAUCAGCGGCGACUUUACGAGUGUGUUUUCCGUGAAACUUGCAGAAAAACUGGGUAUGGAGUGUAUUAGUCAGCUGGCGCUAGACGAGUAUCGCGACGAGAAAGGGGAGAAACUGUUCGAGCCACUAGACGUCCAUCAGGUGAUAAAGACCUGUGUAAAACUGUUGUGAUAAGCAUUUAUUACUAACUGAUAAGGAAGCUACUGUUACACGGCUGUAAAAAGAA